AAUAAAUGCAUAAAAAUUAAAAUAUGAAAAGAUAAAAAAGAUCAAAAGAAAGAUAUAUUUUUGAAGCUAGUAAUCUAGUUUAAUAAUGGAGAGAUUUAUUUUCAAAUGGCUACACAGAUUAUGCAGGCAACUUAAUUAAACCAACAUUAAAUUAAGCAGCUAAUCUUGUAGGCUGUUCAAAAAAAACUUUAGAAGAUUAUUAUAGCGUUUUUAGAAGGGCAUCUAAGAUUAUAGAUAUAAGUUAAUGCUUAUAAAAAAAAAUGGGAUAUUUAAGAUAAGUUUUAAAAUAUGGGAUAGAAAAUUUAAAUGUUGCUACACCAGUUUAAGGAGAAAUAGAAGAAAUAGAAGAGAAAAAUUAUUACAAUGAUAGUUGGAAUAAUUUAAUUAUUGAAGCUGAGGAUCAAAAUAAUGAAGAUUCAAAUCUUAAUACUGAUAGAUAUAUAGUUGAUACAUAAAUAGAAUAUGAAAGAUCACCAAUUCUCUAUGAUAGAAAUUAAAAUGGAUAUUGUGAUUAAGAAUAUUGCCUAACAGAAAAAAAUUCAAUUUAAAAUUGGAAGGAAAUAUAAAUUGUAGAAGAAAACGAUAUGGCUAUCCAAAACUAAAAUGAAAAUUUCUUUGAUUUCUGAUUUUUUUACUCUCUUUUAUUUAAAAAUGG